AUGAUUUACAAGCUAGUAUGGUUUUACGUUGCUCUUCUUCUCUCGCCAACACUUAUCCAUGCAUACGAGAAGCAAACAGAACUAGCGAGCAAAGGGUCUAUGCUGAGAAUGCCAGCUGCUAUAGCCUUAGCACCAUAUGCGGGUAUGGCUUUGGCUCCUCCAGUAUAUUUGGCUUUGGCUGCAGCUUUUGGUGUUGGUGUUUUGGUUAGCUAUGGAAUCAGUAUGCUCAAUGAAAAUAAUGAGGAACCAUGUUCAUCAAAUGGGCGACUACCACUUGGACGAAAAUCAACGGGUAGAAGCACUCCUCGAGAUCUUAAUGAGCAAAUAGCACUUCGUAGUGCUAUAACUGCAUCAGAUUAUGGUAAAUUUAUUUCGCCAAUCGGUGACUCGGCAUGGCCAGAACCAGGCUGGUACAAGAUGAGCUUCAAUUACCCCCUCUCGAAUGGGCGCUCAAUUGAACUUCAUUAUAACAGAAAUAAAUUCACCUGUGACGUUGAUGAUUUCAAAUUUAAAAAUUAA